UACUUGCCCUGGCAAAUCUGUGUCAGGCCGGGGGUGCGAGCUCGCGUCGUUCAGUGCCCGUCCACCCUCGCUGCCCGGCGACACUGCACGAGUGGCUCUCGUGACGAGUGCAACCGGUGCAUUCCCACGGUAUCCUCCAUGCACCAUCAACUCGAUUCUCACAUUCGGAGGAACGUCGUUCGACCGGACGGUGAUCAGUAACGGUCAGUGUCGAGGGCCAAACGAAUAUGAUCCGUCCUCGAUAAAACGAAUUCUAUUUUAUUCUCGAAGAGAGAGAGAGAGAGAGAGAGAGGGAGAGAGAGAGAGAGGGGGGGUGACAGAAAGAGAAAGAGACAACGACUUUACGAGUUUAACUGGGACCAAGGCGUUUAAUCCAUCCAGAAGAAUUAAGGAGAAUUUGGAGAAAGAUGUUCAAUCUCUAUCAAAGUUUGAACAAGAAGGAUGAGGGUGAAAGUCAUCGAGAAUCGGAUGUCACCGGACACGAUAGAUUCUGGCAAGAGAGGCCAAGGACACGACGGAAACGACGUGCCGUCAAUCGCAGAACUCAAAGUGCCAUAGAGCUCGAUUCGGAAGCUAUAGUUUCUGCCCGUGGUGUCCUUCGUCGUGGAAGAAGUGCAAGUAUCGAGGACGAUGAGAGCGAAGAGGAAAAGGGCUAUCAGUUGACCAACAAAAUUGACAAUUUAGCUAAGAUACUCUUCAGUCGUGUCUCGGCCGCUCGUGGAUGCAGAGAUCAAAAUGAAAUCAGAAAUGGACGACACCACUACACAGCACUAGGUCACGGACCGUCCGCUUGCGAGGACGUCGGCGAGUACGUGGAAAUGGAGAAAAGGUCCAGAGAUCGUGCUUUAUCAAUUUGUCAGACUUAUAUCCAACGAACCUCUCGAUAUACUCUCAUCAAGCAGCUCAACAACGUCGGAUCGAGAGUGGACAAGCACUGGUUCGCCGUAAGAGAUACUUCGCUCAAAACCGAUAGACUCAUCACUUUGAUGCCCUUGAAUAGAAAUUGUCCAUUGAGUAUCUGUCCUUCGACGAAAGACAUAUUAAAUAAUUUGUUUCUCGCACUACAGCAUCCAUACAUUUGUCCUAUAUUCGGUCUAGAGUUUCUCGAGUACGAGGAACUCAAUUACGUUGUCUUAAUUCAACCUAUCAAUCACGGUAGCCUGAAGGAUCUUAUAUAUGGCAUCGAGAGGAAUUGCUGGAACGACGAUUGGAGUCAAAAGUACGCUUCUCGUGGUAAAGGUCUACCCUUAUCACAGAUCCAACAGAUGGGUAGGCAGAUAUUGGAAGCUUUAGUGUUCCUUAAGGAGAGAGGAUUUCCUGUAGUCUCUCAUUUACAUUCUGGGAACGUCGUUGUACAAAAUGGCGUUGCUCGUCUCGCUGGUCUCGAAAACACCCUUUUAGGUUUCAAAAGCAGGAUACAUCCUAUAGUGACAUCUCGAUUGACGAAAACGAGCACGGUGGACGUGAUAUGUUUUGGUAAAAGUCACAUGUUGUUCGAAAUGUGCGCCGGUUACGAAUUAUGUUCCUUCAAGCCAACCGCUGCGCAUCUCUCGGAUAUCGAGACAUAUCCACAGGUCAUCGAAUUACUUGAGAUAAUAUUUGAUGAGUCUAGAAAUCGGUAUCCGAGUAUAGAAGAACUUCUCAUUCAUGAUAUCUUCAGGAACAUAGACCUUCGGGAAAUGCGCUGUGCGCCCGUUACGAUAUUUCGUCCUGCCUUAACACCUUCUAUAAUCAAUUUUCUGGAUGGUAUCAAACGACAAAGUUUAGGUAAAAGCCGACACAGGUCGCGUUCUAUAAACGACAUCCUAUUGAUACACAGGUUUUGGUAAUAUUUCGAAUAAUUCAAUUGAUCACGAUUACGAAGAAGACUCGGUGAUAAAUUUAUAAUACAUAUAAUUUCCUUUGCAGAUUUACCAACUUAGAUUCGGAAAAUAUGAUAUCAUUGAAAAGUCCUGAAGCCGAAUACGAGGAUUCGCUUCUUGUCCAAAUAUACAACGAACUAUCUAACACGACCAUAUAAUAGGGGAACAAUUUUUUCGUCUUAUACACAUUCGUAAUUUUACUACUAACAAUAAGUGCCAAAAAAAAAAAUAUAUAUAUAUAUAAUUAUUACCGCGACGAUCGAUAAUAUUGGAAGAAAGUGUAUAAUGUAAAAUGUUAAUGAUACAUCCUGGAACAUCUAGCAGAGUUGACGCACGUGAAAGUGUAACAAGAACGAUAUUUUGAUAAAUUAUUCUAAGCUUACAUUGAUAUUUAACAAUUCUUUUUCGAGUAAUAUGAAAAUCACACGGAAUUUUCAAUGGGUGCUUUUAAAACCUAUUUAUCUUAUAAACGAUAUAUAAAAAUUUGUUUAUGUACAUUUUAUGUAUUAGAUAUCAUAUUGACUUUCAAAUUGUAAUCGAUUCAAAUAUUAUCGGAUGUUAUGCAGCA